AUGCAUCUACAUUUGGCUAUUAUCUUUUGUCUCUUAUGCGGCUCAAGUCAAGCAGCUACGUAUGUCGGUGGCGUUUUGCUUACUAAUACCGUUUGGAGUAGUGCUGGUUCAGCCAAUCCAUAUUAUCUUACUCAAGAUGUUCAGGUACCGCGCAAUGUCACUCUCACAAUCCAGGCUGGUGUGGUGAUCGAUUUCACUCAAGGAGAUUUUGAAAUUCUGGUGAAAGGAUAUCUGAAAGUCGAAGGUACUUCAUCACAAAAGGUCACAUUUCAAGGCGGGUCUGGAAGUGAUCUGAAAUAUAUGUUGAAGUUUCAAAGUACUCGACUCCCGUUGACAUCAAUUCGAUACGCACAGUUCAAAGGACCCAAGAGCGCUGUACAGAUAACUAAUGCAGCUCCCGGUUUGCAACAAAAUACUGGCAAACUGGUAAUAGAGUCCAGUAUUUUCUCUGAUGGCACAACGAUUUCAGCGAACGGUAUUUAUCCACGGGCUAAUUAUUCAUCCGUUCCAUCGAUGGAAUAUCUUUCGUGCUCAUUUUCCCAAACGACUGUGUCGAGCAUAAAUGCAGACAGCGAACCGAUUCGUAUUUUGAAUAGUAAAAUUUUCUAUGGAAUAUUUUCUCCACCGGCAAAUAACGAAGGUAUACAAAUCGAAAAUUCCACACUGCGAAAUAGUACUGUCAGCUACGAUCGAGAAUCCGGUGGUCCUAGCAUAUUUCGACUGAAUACCUCCGAUGUCACAAAUCUCACAAUAUCCUACUCAAAUGCGUUCUCUUAUUUAGCGACAUUCGUUGUUGGUCAAUCAGUAAUUCGUGAUCUGAACAUUGCUGCCGGCACCUCCUUCUUGAGUCUCAUGCUUGCAGAAAUUAUCUUGGAAGACUCUUCUAUUUACAAUGCUACUACAUCAUAUAUUAAAACGAAUUACUGGUAUUCAUCCCCCCCGUCACCUAAGAUAUCCAUCCGCAAUUGUAAAUUCACUCUCGGCAAUUUGGCUCUAACUCUAACUAUGCGCUACUAUGAACACUCGGUAUCAAUUUUCAAUUCAGUCUUGACGAAAGUUAACAUUACAGCAUCCAGCACAAAUGAUCUUGGUCCUAAUUACGCAAUCAGAUUUUUCGAUAUGCGCAAUGUGUCUUUUACAGAUGGUGUCAUCUAUCUACCUUAUCAUCAAGCCCAGAUCGUUUACUCAACUAUUACACUACGUUCGCCGUUAACAAUCAAUGGAGCAUCAACUAUACUAUGCAGUUCAAUUGGUCGAUCAGGUUCAAUUGCUCAAGCAAACAGCCUUGGUGUCGAUGCAGCCGGCUUAAGUCUAUCGCGUUCUACAAUAAAGAACUUUGAUAUUGGCCUUCGCGUUAGACCAGUCAGUCUUUACGCCGUUAAUAUUUCACAAACUAAUUUUCAAUCGAACACACAAUACAACAUAGAUAACAAAGGUACGUAUGACGUAUUAGCAACUGGUAACUAUUGGGGAACAAGCAAUGCAGCAACUGUCACAAGUAAAAUUAAUGAUUACUGGGAUAACAUCAACUACGGUGAAGUUUUCUAUAACAAUUUCACAGCGAGUCCGCUUGCGGCUGAAACAGGUUGUGCUGCGUUUGAUGAAAAUCAAUAUACAACCACCACUAGGUCACCUUACUAUUGGAAAAAAUAA